UGUUAAUUCCUUUCCUACCUGUUCAUUCUCAAUCUUUUCUUUGUUCAACAUUAUACUACUUGCCAUUAGUAAGUAGUAUGAUUUUUAUAUGUUAAUUUAUUACAAUGACAUUUGCUUACAACUGCAGUUAAAUUACUUGUUCUAUUAUCAUUCUAUUAAUGUAUAGUUCUUAUUUUUCUUCUCCUUAAACAUUACUUGCUGCAUUUACCCUAUAGUGUAUGCUUUACCAGUGAAAGUUGUUUGUUCAUAUUUGUUUAUUCUUUGCUUGGCAUUCGCGGGCCGUUUGAACCGACACGUGGAUCGACCUUGACACAGCAUUGCUGUUUUUACUUAUUGACUGCACAGUGGUUGUGCAUUUGACGGCAUUUAGCCACAGACACCUCACAUUUUGAGGUUUGUAUAUUAUAUAUCUAUUUUUAUGUAAUAAAGUACCGUAUUGCAGAAUAUCCUGUAUUUUGGACUUUACGCGUCACUCUACGUGUGGUUAAAUCUAUAGUUUGGAUUAUCGUUUCGGAUUUCUUUCGGGAGAAAUUCACAGUACUCAAAAUUGGUCUUGUUGAUCUAUUUGGACGAUUAUCAAUGCCGGUUACUCGUAAUAUGUCUGGAAAACUGGAAAACGCUGAAGAAUAUCUUCGAGUCAAUUUAUCUUCACCGCAAGUUUCUUCUUUACCUGUUUCCUUAUCUGUUUCUGAUAAUUUUAAACACACCCCUCAUGUCAGCCCAGGUUUUGAUAAUAUUGCUAUGGGAGGUAGUGUAGUAGUAGACUCCGAUGUUGAUUCGGAUGUGGCUACCGAAUUAGAGAUCCUAGAGCUUAAGGUUCAAGAGCUUAGACUUCGCAGCAAACAACGAAAAUUGAAGAGCGAGCGCUCUCAACAAGUCAAGACUGCAGCCAGCUGCGUUCGAUCUUGCGCCAAUCCCUCGGAAAGCCAACUCCUAGACGGUAGCACCAUGUAUUGUACAGCACGACUAUCAGGGUCAAAUUGUACUGCCACUCCAGUCCAACCACUCCUGAACUCAGUUAGCCCCAUUAGAAUGCCUCAAAUUGAGAUGGAUAAGUUCGAUGGUACACCGACUAAGUUCUUGAAGUUUAUAAGAUGCUUUAACAUGUUCAUAGGAGAACAAACUAAUGAUGACAACCUACGGUUAAUGCAUCUUAUACACAAUUGUGUUGGUAUAGCCAAGGAGGCCAUAGAGCAUUGCAUUCUACUGCCCUCUGAGGUAGGCUAUAGGAAAGCCAUGGGGAUUUUACGAAGUCAAUUUGGCCAACCUCAUGCAGUUUCAGAUGCCUUCCUCUCCGAAUUACUGUCAGGCCCACAGCUGCAACCUGAAGAUAUAGUUGGGCUACAACGGUUGUUGAGACAGAUGACCAAUUGUGAGAUAGCCUUAUCUCAGAUGAAUCACAUGGCAGACUUGGACUGCUCUACCAACCUUAAGUGCAUUGUUCAACGUCUCCCUCGGCACCUACGAUGGAAGUGGGCAGAAUUGGUAAACGAUGGUUUACAGUUUGCUGAACCUAGCUUUCGUUACCUCAAAGAAUUCCUCGAAAGGCAACUGUCCUUGGCUACAAGCUGUUACGGCCAGAUAGCUAAUGGGAAUAGGAACAACAACGAAGUAGGGUCCAACGAUAAAAUGUCCAGAGCUAUGCCUUCGCACAGUGUUAAUGUCGUGAAGUCACGAGCCCAGAAGUCGUGUAUAGUUUGCUUCACAGAUCACGACUUAUGGGAAUGUCAACGCUUUUUGUCGAUGAGUCACAAAGAGAGACUAGCAGUGUCAAUGCGGCAUAAGGUGUGCUUCAACUGUUUGAAACGUAAUCACCGAGCUGACACUUGUCGUGCAGCAAGAGGUUGCGAUAUAGUAGGAUGCACUAGACUUCAUCAUAAACUUCUACACAAUGAAGAUAAUUCAGCAUGCAAGACUGUCAACUACUCUAGCACGGAAUCCGGAACUUCCUUUUUAGGAUAUGUGCCGAUUCGUAUCUUAGGUCCUAAAGGAUUUCUAGAUACCUAUGCCUUUCUUGACAAUGGUUCAGAUGCUACACUAUUGCUGAGUCAUGUUGCCCGCCAAAUAGGACUGGAAGGGGUUAAUACAUUGAUGCAGGUAACAUCUUUCUGUGGAACUACUUCUCAGAAUUCAUCUAAGGUUGAUUUCGAAGUUGAAUCCUUAACGGGAGAUUACAAGACGAGGGUCAAGAGUGCCUUUACCGUGGAAAGCUUACCUGUAAAGAGACCUAAGACUCCUUCAAACGAACAGAUGAAAAAAUGGCCUCACCUGGCAGAAAUUCCCUUUCUAGACGUCGAAUGUAAACAGGUCAGUCUACUAAUUGGGACUAAUGUACCUGAAGCACACUGGGUGCUGGAGCAGCGUAUAGGGAAAUCCAACCAACCGUUUGCAUCUUUGUCAGUUUUUGGUUGGUAUUUAUUGGGUUCAGGAGACGAAUAUAAAGAAGCAACCUCUAUCUUCUGCUUAGAGGAAAGUGAAUCAGUAGAGAACAAGCCUUUGCGAAUGAUUGAAGCUGAAUUUCAGGACAAGCACUCAUGCGAAAGGUCCAGUUCUGAAAUAGAUAAAGGGGUUCUGAAGGCAACCGAUAGGGAGAUAAGAUUGCGGAACGGACAUUAUGAAGUUCCAUUGACUUGGAAAGAGGACUGGCGUAGAUUACCGCCUAAUAAGUUUGAGGCAGAACGCAGGCUGGACAGUCUUCAGAAGAGACUAAAAAAGGACGAAAGCCUAUUGAAGUCCUACAAUCAAAUACUAACAGACCAUGAGUUGAAGGGUUAUAUUAGUCGCGUUCCUGACGACUUCUCCAAGAAACGUAGAGUUAUCCCUCACCACCCAGUUAUGAAUCCCCGCAAGCCUGGUAAAAUUAGAGUGGUUUUCGAUUGUGCCUUUAAAUGUAAGGGAAUAUCCUUGAACGAUUGUCCGUAUUCGGGACCUGAUCUGAUGAAUGACUUGGCUGGGGUACUAUUGAGAUUUAAAAAACAUCGGAUAGCCUUGUCAGCAGAUAUUGAGGAGAUGUUUCUUCAGGUUCACUUACCUGUCAAGGAUAAAAGUGCCUUUAGUUUCUUAUGGUAUUCUGAGGGUAGACUGGACUUACCACCGAGCCUGUAUGAAUUAAACGUACAUCCCUUCGGUGCUACCUCAUCACCUUUUUGUGCAGCCUAUGCUUUAAAACGAGGCACAAGACGAUGGAAACAAGGGCAACUCCUCGCUGAUACGUUUUGGAGACGGUGGAAGCGGGAGUACUUGACGACCUUACAAUCGCGUUCGACGACAUCGAAACUUACAAGUGGGAGACCUAGUACUAGUGGCUGCGGAGCCUUCACCUCGCAAUCGUUGGUCAAUGGGAAUAAUUACAGGUGUUACGGCAAGCUGCGAUGAGUAUAUCAGAAAAGUGGAUAUCAAGACACCGAGGGGUAUAGUCAACCGAGAUGUGCGUAGGGUUUGCCUACUAGAAGGUAUUGAGGAGAGAUAAGCACUUUGUAGGAUAUAUAGCUGGAUAGUGGAUACAGAUGUGGCGAGAGUAAAUUGUACCAUUUCUGUGUCUUACUAGCAGGUAGAGUAGGGAAAACCAGGCUGGUUUUGAGGGGGCGGUGUUAAUUCCUUUCCUACCUGUUCAUUCUCAAUCUUUUCUUUGUUCAACAUUAUACUACUUGCCAUUAGUAAGUAGUAUGAUUUUAUAUGUUAAUUUAUUACAAUGACAUUUGCUUACAACUGCAGUUAAAUUACUUGUUCUAUUAUCAUUCUAUUAAUGUAUAGUUCUUAUUUUUCUUCUCCUUAAACAUUACUUGCUGCAUUUACCCUAUAGUGUAUGCUUUACCAGUGAAAGUUGUUUGUUCAUAUUUGUUUAUUCUUUGCUUGGCAUUCGCGGGCCGUUUGAACCGACACGUGGAUCGACCUUGACACAGCAUUGCUGUUUUUACUUAUUGACUGCAUAGUGGUUGUGCAUUUGACGGCAUUUAGCCACAGACACCUCACAUUUUGAGGUUUGUAUAUUAUAUAUCUAUUUUUAUGUAAUAAAGUACCGUAUUGCAG